UGUGUCUAUUGAAUCUAUAAGGUCGUGCGUGCUAACAUCUGCCAAAGCAUCAUGUCUGCUGAACCCAAGGACGGCGGGAUUCCUGAAAGAGUCGAGACUCACACCACCGCCUCCCACCCCGUCGAUACGCCUUACACCGAGUACGGGCCUUUGGCUCAUGUCAAUACAGCUGGAACAUAUCUUCCAGCAUUUGCGGGCGAGUUGCAACCCGGACUGUACAAACCCGUCAUAGAGCGCAAGAUUGCCAACCCUGCGCCGUUGGGGCUGGCCGGCUUUGCUCUGACCACAUUCGUCCUGGGUUGUGUCAACAUGCAGACGCGAGGAAUAACACAGCCGAGCAUGGUGGUACCACUGGCAUUUGCUUACGGGGGACUUGUACAACUUCUCGCUGGCAUGUGGGAAAUGGCGGCAGGAAAUACCUUUGGUGCGACCGCACUCUCCUCGUACGGAGGGUUUUGGAUCUCGCUUGCCAUCACUUUCACUCCUGGGGGAUUCAACAUUGAGGGUCAGCUCAAAUCCGCUGACAAUGGCUCUCUCGGCAUGUUCUAUGACUCGUUCGGGCUGUACUUGAUCGGAUGGUUCAUCUUCACGUUCUUGCUUGUCACCUGCACGGUCAAGUCGACCGUCAUAUUCUUCUCACUUUUCGCCUCCGUCGACAUUGCAGUGCUUUUCCUGGCAGUCGGCUACCUCCAUCGCCCCGGUGGUAUGCCAUACACCCCUCUGCUCAAGGCGGGUGGGCUUUUCGCCCUACUGGGUGCGUUUUUGGCGUGGUAUACUUGUCUUGCGGGCAUCGCGGACACCAGCAAUAGUUUCUUCAUCAUCCCUGUGUGGCACUUUCCGUGGUCUGAGAAGGGGCGGGAGUCGAGGAGGAGGAAAUCUGAGGCUGUUUGA